GCACAACCACGUAAAUAUAUACAUUAAACAUCAAAAUGGCACUAGAAAGAUACAAUGAUGCCCAUGUCACAAUGGACGGUGGACAAAUAACGAAUUCACACAAUCACCUAUCUGUUGUGCAUAAUAUGAGACAGCACGAUAGAGAUCAUGAAGUUUCGACACGAAAUACUAAUUUAAAACCUUCGCGUGCUUAUUCGCACGAUACCAAAAAUUCAAUGUGCGGUCCAUGCUGCUCAUCUAGUUACAGCAACACGACUGCUAAUCGUCAAUCAGGUAUUGGUUGCAACAAUCGGUGCUAUCCCAUAGAUAACCGGAAUAGCAGCCACAACGAGGUUCAACAUUCCCAGAAUUUUCAUGAUGGCGUUGGUGAUAUGCACUGUGGAACCCGGCAAAUUACUGAAGGAUUCGCUCAUCCCUAUGAUCAAAAAAUAGGUGCCGCGCAUGACUGCGGCAUCUAUGGCUGUGAUUGUCCAGCCAAUUAUACUUGUGGACACUCUAAGGGCAAUAAUCAACAACGAAAUGGGCAGGGGCAGGGGCAGAUGCGGAUCUCCCUGGGCAACCACUCGGUUGCUAGCCUACUACACACAAACACGGCUCCUACUGCGGAAAGGGAUGGGGAGCAGACGAAUGGAAGAAUUUACCAAUAUAGCACCAACAUCAAAUUAGAAGAAGAUCGGGAAGGCACUCACGAGCACCGAAACCGGUCCAAGAACAACAACAGACACCGUAGUCGCGAUACACACUUUCAGAGUCAAGCAGACGUCUAUCAGCAACAAAAUAAUAAUGUGGAGUACAUAAAUCGUAUUCAAGAGAGGAUAGGAGACGCGAGCCAAUUAUCUCCGAGGCAAAGACAGUCUGUGCACGUCGAAAAUCGGUGGCCCAUCAACGGACCAAAUACUCUUUAUACUGUAGCAGUUGGAUCGAAUACAAGACACAGAGGAGGCUCAUUGGUAAUCGGAAACAAUAUGGACCAGGAUCGAACCAGCAAUCUCUCCGAAGUUCGCAGCACUGAAAAUAAUAUGCCACCUAAGCCGUGCUCGACAUGCCAACAGUGUAUGUGUGGAUAUCCGGAUCAAACGCAAGGUCUGGUCAAUUACGAGCAGCAACGAGUGCCAUCCACCCAGGAGAGUGUCAACCAACAAAGGCGGAACACUGGAGGUGGUGCGUAUUCGGACCAACAUGUAUUCGAUCACCAACAGAAUGUUAUGUUCGAUCGGAGGCAUACAACGAGUUGUGCCACAGAGGUUGCUAUACCCCAACAUUCAAAAUUUCAAAACAAUGGUGGUUUCAACAACAGAUUCCAAAAUCAAAAUCAACAAAAUCAACCUAGCAUGCGAGUUAAUACAUGUAACGGCUCGAUGCCGAUGGAGGGACCAAACUACAUCGUGAACCAAGCACCACCUUGUAUUGGGCACAGCAGGCAUAUCGGAAAGACGACUCCUACCGGACACAUUAUACACCCUUUUUCAACGUCGCACCCGGAGCAAAUGUCUGCUCAAAGAUCUGGGUCUGGCUAUUCCGAUAGCAAUGUUACACAGAACACGCACACCUCGGUGCAACGUUAUAGCCAGAAGCAAUCGGUGGCUCGCAACGAUUCAAAAUAUCACACACAUCGAAUCCCUUCGCAGAAUCGCAGUGCCAGUUUCCACUCACAGUCGAGAACCACAGAUGACUCCGGAAGUGCCACAAGGAUGCAAAAAAUCCAAGUUAUGCAAAUAGUUCAAGCAGAAACAUCCAAUGAAGGCUCGGAUAGCAUGGAAAGCAACCGAGUGCUUGGAAGCAGCAAUAAUGGUUCUUUUGGAUGUUCUCAAGCCAAGAAAAUCAACAGUCGGCCUAAUCCACUCAGGUCUACCCAUAGCAGGUCCCUUUCCUACAGCAGCGAAGGUCAAGGUAGCACUGCCGACGACAACGAUAAGAGUUCUGGAGAGGUUACUGCUACAGAUGGCAGGAGGUCGGAGGGAGACAUUCAGCAAAAGAAUGGGCACCGCAAAAGGACAGCCGAGGGCCCAAACAUGCCCAGUCUCAGAUCCGAGAGAACAAAGAAUCACGAUGGGAGCGCGCAUAAGCGGAACCGGACUGACAAUGUGAAGGCUGCAUCUGUUGACCCAAGUUUAAGCAGUCAGAUAGACUCGGAUAAAACUGAAUCGGAUUUGAAAUCAACUGAAGAAACUACCGUAGCAGCGCCAGCCCACAAGGUCAAUAAGAAGCGGACUCCAGUUGUGCGAGAGGACAACCCAUGCUCGCACUGUGGCAUAACAGAGAGCUGCACAUGGCGGCCAGGACCUCUUGGAAGGAGCACGCUUUGUAAUACCUGUGGAUAUUAUUUUAGACGCCGUCAAUGUUUGAGUGAGAAGCGGAAGGAUUUGUAUCGCACAACGUCACAGCUUGGGCCCGAGGCCGCAAUUUAACGCGGUUUAGUUUCAGCUUAACUAUUUAGAUCGAGACACAAUACUGUCUAUCCAAAACAUCAAUUAAAAAUCGGAUGAUUAUCCAGGCUUCAGC